CAGGGUGUCUAGCUACCGGGAAAACAGGGAAAAUUCAGGGAAUUUUUUGCCACCGGGAAAAGUCAGGAAAUUGUCAGGGAAUUCGUCAAUCAAGCGAGACAAGUCAGGGAAAACCGUCUUGGGGCCUGCCCACACUACUAAUGACUCGCACAGCCGAUCGCUUUGGACGAAACGCUAGCGUCAGGGCAAUGAAAUUUCCAUAGAAGGACGAUAGGAAGUGCCCAAAUUCCUCGCUCAGGCUGCUUUUUUUUUUUUGUAGCAAAUCUCGAAGGCGAUGCAUUUUGGUCGCGAAUCUUAAAGGCGAUGCAUUUUGGUCGCGGAUAUUGAAGGCAAUGCUUUCUUACGACGUCAGGAGCCAGAAUUACAUAAUCGAAGUGGAACACGGCAUGUUUUCGGCGUCACCUAUGUUUGCGCCAUCGUUUGCACGCUGUGACCUCUAAUAAAAUUAGUUUGCGCGUUCUGGCUGCAGAGGCAGGGUAACGUAGCAUAUCGAGCCGAGCCACGACAAGCCGCACGCAAUAAAUCCAACAUGGCGACGUCCCUUUGUUGUACAGUGCGACUAGGCUCUACUACGACUGAGACUGUGCGAAUUGUUAGCUUAGCGUUUUCGCGGACGUUUUCCCGGACGUUUUCCCGGAGUUCCUGCGUAGUGCGAACUGUGGUGUGCGGCGGUGUCGGCGAUUAGGUGCUUCUAUGAUUUGAGGUGAACAUAUCCGUAUAUUUCUGUGACAUAUUCCGGAGAGAAGAAAUCCGUCGGACCUGCAGCAUUUCUGACGCAAGUAUCAGUGUCGCGCGCCGCAAAAUAUUUUCCUUCGAAGAUGUCAGGAGGCAAGAAGUGUUCCUUUAAUUCGGACUGGGCGAACCCAAGUGUCUCCGACUAUGCAAGUUGGAUUAGGCCUGUAGAAAAUGAUCCGCACCAAGCCAUGUGUACAGUUUGACGGAAAACGUUUUUGCUGAGCAACAUGGGUCACAGAGCUGUUUCAAGUCAUGCCUCUAGCAAGAAGCACAUUGCUGCAUUGAAUUUUCUGAAAAGUGCUUCCCAGCCAAAGCUAUUAUCAUUUUUUAAGAGCCCGACGGACGUCUCGCCUAGCAGUAGCGCUGGAUCUGCGCCUGCUGCUACCGAAGUUGCAGUGACUACAGCUCCUGUUCAAGUGUCAGUGGGUGGUUUUUUGUUUAAGAACAACGUGACUAAAGCAGAAAUAAUUUGGUGUCUCAAUACCAUAAUGACACAUGGAUCCUUUCGUUCUGCGGCACUUUUCCCACUGAUGUUUCCCACUUCUGAGGUGGCUGCAAAAAUUCAGCUGGGUAAAGACAAGGUAGGCUACACCAUUUGCCAUGGCAUUGCGCCGUACUUUCGCAAUAUGUUGGUGUCGAGCCUCGUCAAUGUGCCUUACCUGGUAGUUUGUUUCGACGAGGCGCUGAACAAGGUCACCCAGAAACAGCAAAUGGAUGUUCUCAUCAGGUACUGGGACGCUGCUGACGACAGCGUGAAGACUCGCUACCUGACGUCUUGUUUCUUGGGUCACACGUGCGCUGAAGACUUGGCGUCAGCUUUUCGAAAAGCGGUGCAGGAAAUCAAAGGAUCGAAAAUCCUGCAAGUGUCCAUGGACGGGCCAAAUGUCAAUUUUAAGUUUUUGAGGUCUCUGAAGGAAGAGCUUCGCGAGUCGGAUGAGAGCCAUAUCCUCGACAUAGGAAGCUGUGGCCUCCAUGUAAUCAAUGGUGCUUAUAAAGCUGGCCACGUUGCAUCUGGCUGGGAUUUAAUAUCCUUUCUUCGAAGCGCCUACAACCUCUUCAAAUGUGUUCCUGCACGUCGUGCUGACUUCGUCAGCCUCACGGGGUGCUCGAAAUUUCCCCUGAAGUUCUGUGCGGUGAGGUGGCUGGAAAACAGUACUGUAAUCUGUAGGGCACUGGAGAUUCUGCCACACCUCAUUGUAUUUGUGCUGCAGUGUAAAGAAAAAGCACACAAGAGGCCAACGUGCUCAAGCUACAAAGUGGUCGAAGAGGCUGUGUCUGACCAGGUCUUGUCAGCAAAGCUAGCCUUUGCUCUUUCUAUUGCUGAGGAAUUGGAACCCUUUCUGCGUGAAUUUCAGACGGAUAAACCGAUGGUUCCAUUCCUAUCAGCAGCACUAGAGAGCAUUCUACGUUCACUGCUGUCGAGAAUUGUAAAACGGGAAGUUCUCUAUGCUGCCGACACGAUCGCCAAGUUGAUGAAGAUAGACGUAAGCAUACCAGAAAAUGCAAUAAAUGUAGCUGCAUUCGACCUUGGGUUUUCGGCAAAAAACGAGCUCCGCAAGAAGAAGAAGUUGUCACAGCUUGCAAUAAUGAAUUUAAAGAAAUGCUGCAUAUCAUUUGUCAAGGCUUGUGCACAGAAAGUGGUGGAGAGAUCGCCCCUUAAGUACAAAUUGGCCGUGGGUGCAGGCUGUUUGGACCCUGUCUGUGCAUUGUCUUUGGAGGCUGGCCCCAGGCGGCUUACGCUGGCACUUGAAGUACUUUCCGAGCACCACUGGAUGACUGGCUUGCAAGCAGAGCGAGCCCAUCGCUCCUACGUGAAGGUGUGCUCAGAAAGCACUACACAGACACAGCUGUCAAAUUUUGACAGGAAGCAACAGAGGCUGGAUACUCUGUGGACAAGCAUAUGUUCCCAGGAUCACAAGGAGCUGCAGCUCUUUGUGAAACUUGUCUUGUGCUUAUCUCACGGCAACGCUGCGGUAGAGAGAGGCUUUUCUGUCAACAAGGAGUGCCUUGUUGAGAAUUUGAAAGAAGAUUCUCUUGUGGCACAGAGAGUAGUGCAUGAUGCAGUCUUGGCAGCAGGUGGCGUCGCUGAAGUAGACAUCACUGACAGGAUGGUGAAGACAGUUCGCAGUGCCUACAGUGUCUACAGGGAGCAGCUGCAAACAAAGAAGAGAGAGCGAGAUGAAACAACUGAAUCGGAGAAGAAGAAAAAGAGAGCAGCAGCUCUGAUUAAAGAGCUACAAGAAAAAAAGCAAAGGCUGCUCAGUGAAGCGCAACUUGAAGCUUCUAUUCUUCAGGACGAAAUAAACUCCCUCAAACCCUAAUUGAAGUGCAUUUCGAGAAUGAGGGCAGUUGCAAUAAAUAUUUUUUCCUCUACAAUGAAA